AUGGAAGGCUUCGACGAUGCCUUCUAUCAGGCACACUAUUCCAUACCGGAUCCCCAACUGGGCCCCGCCGCAUCCUCUUCUUACUCCAAUGCUGCCCCCCAUCCGGCUUCUUUGAUGUCUUACAAUCCCACUCCCGGCCAUUUUGCUCCCGGUUCCUUUGCCUAUCCCGCCCAGCCCUCCGAUCUGCUGGCUGCUGGCCUGCCCGCGACUUUUGCUUCACAUCCCGAUAACUUUUCCUUUCAGUCUCCGGUUCCUCAUCCUCAUCCUCAUCAUCAUGCUUCUACCCACACGGCCAGUUUCCCGGGGCAUGUUUCCCACGCCAUGCAUCCCUACCAUCCCCUGUCGGCCGCCGCGCAGACCAUGCCAAUGAGCUUGGAUCAAGGAACUACCUUUCCUUACGAUCCGGCCGUCUUUGGCGCUUCCAUUGGACCGCUAGAUCCCAGUCUAGAGCAGCAUUCAGCGCCGCAGCAGCAGCAUCCUCACCUACCUUCCCAGACCGUCCAUCUGGAUCCUGGCGCAGCGUACGCGGUCGCUCAGAUCCAGGAGUCCGCGACAAAUACCUACUGGAAUCAACAGACGACUCAAGAUGUCACCGCCCAGACACAGGCUGCAGGCCCGGUCCGGGGACCAGCAGCGGACUUCUCCCGCGCAAGAGGGCCGUCCCAGGAUCAUCAACCGCUACCUCAAAGUCAGCCCUCGGACUUUCAGUCCUAUACCCAACCGGCCAAUCCAGCCGUUCCUCAUCGCUUCAUCCAGCCGAAGAGGUCAUCCCCAGUGAAGGCUGAUGCGGGUCUUCACAUCCAUAAAGCCUCUUUUCCACCCGAAGCCAAAGUGGAAGCUGGAAGCGACUCUCCAUAUGCUAGUAUCUACUCGUCAAGUGGCUUCGAUAUCAUGGGGGUUUUGGCCCAAGUGGUGUCCCGACCGAACCCUAAGAUCAAUAUCGGGGCAGUUGACUUGUCGUGCGCAUUUGUCCUCUGUGAUAUCACGCUGGAGGACCAUCCGAUCGUCUACGUCUCGGAGGCGUUCGAGCGGCUCACAGGCUACACUAACCAGGAGAUUGUCGGGCAGAAUUGUCGGUUCCUCCAAGGGCCGGACGGGGUCGUUCAGCGGGGCAUGCAGCGCAAGUUCGUCGACGAGAAUACGGCCUAUCGCCUGCGCUCGACGAUAGAGGAGCGGACGGAGAUCCAGGCAAGCAUCAUCAAUUACCGCAAGGGCGGCCAGCCUUUUGUGAAUCUAAUCACCAUGCUUCCGAUCCGGUGGGGCGGCAGCGACUACCGGUUCUACGUUGGGUUUCAGGUGGAUCUGGUCGAGACGCCCGAUGCAGUGACGCGACGGAAUCCGAAUGGAACCUACAUGAUCAACUACCAGCGCAGUCAGUUACCGAGCUAUGUGGUCCCGCCUGAAGUUUACCGCUCCAAUCCGGAUCUAGCGACUUUCUUUACCCCUGAUCAGGUGUCUACGGUGUUGGAGAGCUUGCGCGGCACCGGCCCGUCGUACCGGCAUUACCUGGACCGAGUGCUGGUGGAGAACAUGGACGACAUCAUCCACGUUCUAUCCUUUGAGGGAGAGUUUCUAUAUCUGUCACCCUCGUGCCGGAAAGUGCUGGAAUAUGAGCCAGCUGAAUUGGUCGGGAAGGGCCUGUCAGCAGUGUGCCAUCCCAGCGAUAUUGGUUCGGUCAUUCGCGAUCUACGAGCGCGCAUCACCACCGAGCCGGUCAGCGUGGUGUAUCGCAUCCGGAAGAAGUACAGCGGGUAUAUCUGGUUUGAGAGCCAUGGGUCAUGGCAUAUUACCGGUCGGGGGCGACAGUUCAUGGUGCUUGGAGGGCGAGCGCGUGCGGUGUACAAUCUUGACCAGGUUGCUACGAUUGGCCGGGGCGGGUUGGCGGAGAAUGACAUCUGGGCCAAGCUUUCAAUGUCUGGGAUUGUCCUUUUCAUCUCUUCAAAAGCUAGGCCGGUUCUAGGUCGGGUGGCGGACGAUGUCAUUGGAAAGAGCAUUCAAGAUCUCACGGGAGCAGAUACCCGGGCCCAGGUUAUGGAGGCGCUGGACACAGCUCGUUCGGGACAACAGGUCUCAUUUCUCCACAAGGUCCGCCACAAGAAGGGGCAUAUGCUGCCCGUGCAGACGACGUUAAUACCGGGAGACAGCAAAGAAGGGGAGCGACCUUCUUUCCUGGUCGCUCAGUUACGUUUCCACCGACCUCUGCCGAACGGCAGCCCGGACGACACAAGCUCCAGCGCCACGGACACAGGGCGAGACGUUGCUGGACAGACAGGGUCAAGCAGCCGGUUACCCUCCGGUAAUCAGGAAUUGAUCCCACUACGCGAGCGCAGCCUCUUCUCCGAGCUAGCACCGACCAGGGGGUCCAGUUGGCAAUUCGAGCUACGAGAACUGGAAAAGCAGAACCGCACAUUAUCGGACGAGGUACAACGACUCCUCACACGACGGAAAAAGCGCAAGCGCAAACAGAGCACAAUCAUAGUGGAGAAGAGCUGCGCGAUGUGUCGAACGAAGAGCACGCCAGAAUGGCGACGCGGACCCAGCGGCAAUCGUGACCUCUGCAACAGUUGUGGCUUACGAUGGGCAAAGCAGGUCCGCAAUGCUGCACAGGGACAGACUACAGCAGCCCGAGGGAAACGGGCGUGAUGAUUCCUAUGUUAUAUUACCCCUUUUUUUAUUCUAUCUCUUGGGUGGCUUUCUACGUUUUAGUGUGUGGCUGUCUGACUUGAAUGUGAUUUGAGUAUGUUGAGCAUUUUCGCUAUAUAUGAUACGAUGAUACCUUGUG